UUUCAUCGUGAAUCAAAAUAUCAUAUCCCUGGCUACCCGAGCCACCAUUGUCCUGAGCUAUACUGCCACUAUAAAAACGCAGGAACCAGCACCCUGAGUCUUCCCUCUGCAGCACUGGACCUAAACUGACCUCACCUAGACAGUCUACGCUCGGAUCGAUCUCAUCUCGACCUGUCCCACCGGGAACGGAGAGCUACAAUGCCGCGCCACCUGCUGCAGGACUCUGUAGACCGCCUGACCGAGAUGGCAGCGCCGCCUUUGUCAGCAUCGAAGGCCGCCGGCGUGCACACGGACACGCUGCUGAUCCUGGGGGCCGUGCUGUGCUUCCUGCUCUGCGUCGUCGGGCUGGCCCUCGUCGCGCGCUGCUGCCGGCUCUGCAACCCCUCCGCCUUCUCCGUCGACGCAAUGAUGGCCAAGGCGCCGUGCAAGGGGAUCAAGAAGAAGGCGCUGCAGUCGCUGCCGACCGUGCUGUGGCCGGCACCGGAGCAGACGGCGGAGCGGAUGGACCACGAAGAGGAGGGGGAGCGGCCGGAGUGCGCCAUCUGCCUGGCGGAGUUCGCAAGCGGCGACGAGGUGCGCGUGCUCCCGACGUGCGGCCACGGCUUCCACGCCGCCUGCGUCGACGUGUGGCUCCUCUCCAGCUCCACCUGCCCCUCCUGCCGCCGCGCCCUCGUCGUCGCGCCGGCGGCAGCAACCGCGUGUGCUCCUCCUCACACGUGCUGCGAGCGCCCCGACGUCGCGCCGCAGGACUCGGCCACCGGCGCCGGCGCAUCCCGUUGCCGGUCGUCGGCGCAGUAAGCAUACGACCGACGGGCGGCGCGCCUGCGUACUCCCAUGCGCGCGCGCGGCACCUCUGACCUUUCAUGGUUUGUCCUGUCCUGGCACAUGUA